GUGGGACCAGGACCUAUCCCUGAGGUAUGGGCUGGCUCUUUGGAACCUAUUCCUUAUGGUGGGAUGUCUUGUUCAGCCUUGAUGCAGCAGUGAGGAGCUUGGUCCUGCCUCAACUUGGUCUUCCUUGCUUUGUUGGUUCCCGAGGGAGACCUUACCCUAUCUGAAUGGAGAUGGAGGAGGAGUGGAUGGGUAGGGCAUAGAAGGGAGAUGGUGGUGGGAACAGGAGGAGAGGAGGGAGGGGAAACUGUUGGUAUGUAAAAUAAAAUAAAGAAAAAAAUGUCUGUGGGUUAUAGAUAAAAACAUAAGUAGGUAGUUUCAGAUGGCAGUCAAGUGCUGAACAGAGAUAGGAAUUUUUAGGAAGCUUGUCACCAUUAAAGAGAAGUCCCUUUCUCUUCUUUAGAAGCUUUGCAAAGUACCCAAAGGGUAAGAAUCCAUCUUUCUAUGCCAUUGGUUAACGGAAGGUUUAGGCAAAGUGACUUCUAGUUACAGGAAGCAACUUCAUACAAUGCCUGCUCCAACUCUGGACCAAUCAUGGUAGGGUUCAUCACAACUUAGCAGCGAAAUUUGGGCAAGUCAUCAAUGUUGUACUGGUUCUGGAAACAAGAAAGAUGCAAAAGUUAAGGGCAUACAUUCUUAGUCUGUGAUUUCUGCUCAGCACUGUUGUAGGCAUUUAUGUUUGGUAGAGUCAGAGCUCCAUUGAAGAGACAGAUUUCAUUGAAUGGUGCUGUGAGGAUGAAGCCGGGGCUGUAUUUUGAGAACAUACAAUGUUGAGAUACUUAAGCUAUGAGACAUCUUCCAUGGAUAGCUGCAUAUAUGGAGUGAAUGUAACCAAAAGUGAGAUGUAUGGGAAGUUGUGGUGAUACAGCCAUCUAAGUCCUUUGAAACUGAAACCCCAUGUAUCUGACACAAAGCUACUGGAUUUGAAUGUUGCCCUGCUGGGUUUCAAUCUUGCCUUGGUCCAAUCUUCCCUCACUAUGUUUCAAUUCCUCUCCUUUGGAAUGGGAAUGGGUAUUCAGUGCCAUUGUAUUUUGGAAAGAUUUAGUUUAUGAUUUUACAAGAUGACACAGUCAAGAGAUUGUCUUGAGUAUCAAAAGAGACUUUGGACAUUUGAACAUUGUAGGGGCUGUUGCAGACUAUGAGGAUCAUUGACAUGACUAAAUACAUUUUCUUCAUGGAUGACCCUGAGCCUAUGGUGACCUGGGUCAGAAUCUUGUUGACUGAAUCAAGAAAAGCUUCCAGAUAGGAUGAUGCAGUUGAACAUGUAUCUCUCCUUGGUGGUUUUCUUUAGGGUGCUUGUGGAAUCUUUAGUAGGAGGAACCUUCCUGGAUGAAAUUCCUCAUUGGGGAGGGGAUUGGAAUGUCUAUAGUCUCAACUCAUUUCUUGUUCUUUGUUCCUAAACGGUGUUGUGGUUGAAACUAAUCAUCCAGCUUCCUUCUUGUGUUGUCAUGACUUCACCACCAUUAUAGAUGGUAUCACUAUAUCACAUAAGAUAAAUUUGAACUAAUUAUUAUUCAGUGCUAAGCCAUUUUGCUAGCCUGAGGUUUUUUUUUUUUUUAAGUUUUGUUGUUUUCAUUUUUUUGUUUCUGAAAACAAUGUUUGUCUGAGUAGCCCUGGCUGUCCUGAAAGUUGCUCUGUAGAUCAGGAUAACCUAUAACUUAGAGAUUCCCUUGACUCUUGCUCCCAAGUGCUGGGAUUAAAGGUGGGCCAACAUUCCUGGGUUUUUUUUUAUGUAUAUUCUUGGGUGAUAGGCCUAGAGUGUAGGUUUUUUACAUGUCAAGCAUAUAAUCUUUUGCUGAGCUUUACCCCAGCUUAGAUUUUGAAAUUUGGCAGAGUACCAAUCUCUUUCCUAGGAUGGCAGUAUUCAGGAUCCAGGAAGUAUUCAUAAAUGCCUGGAUUACAGGUGUGUAACAUUCUUCCUUCUUGUUAUGUUUUUCUUUUCCUUAAUGAAUAUGAUUCUUUUGCCUGUAUACAUGGGUAUGCCCCACAUGUGUGCCUAGUCUUUGCAGUAGUCAAAAGAGGCCCUGAGCUUGGAAUGAUGGAUAGUUGUAAGUACUGGCAAUUGAACACGCUUAAAUGCAAGACCAGGAAGGGCUCUUAACUUUUGAGCUAUCUUUUCUGCCCUGUGUUGAUUAUUUGUGAUCAACAUUUACGUUGAAAAUGUUUUCAUCUGUCUAUUUGUAACUGUUUAAAUGCACAGUUCCUUUUAUUAAGAUUUAUUAAAGUUACAGUUUAAACUAGAGCACUUUUAGGUUUCUGGAAAAUGAAUACAGAUCUGGAGUGAAUGCAUAACUGUUUGUAGAAACUUCAAUAAAACAAACUCUGAGUUCUUUCAAUCUUUUUUGUUUGAUUGAUUUUUUUUUUCAGGUAUACAGAUGCUUAAUAGUUACUUCUUGCUAUCCUGGAUUUGUUUGCAUAGACUAGGCUAUCAUUCACCUCAGAGGCAGAUAUACCUGCCUCUCCCUUCUGAUUUCUGGGAUUAAAGUCAUGAGCCAAAACACCCAGCCUGCUCAUAUUUUUUAUAGUUAGUAAUUGUUCAUACAAUUUCUCUGAUGUGUACUCCAUACUGUUAAUCUGCUUGCUUGUCUCUCUAUGUCAGUAUGUAUUUUUCUUUCAAGGUGAUGUCCCAUUCAGAGCAUUCAGAAAUGACAGAGGAUACAGUGACCUAUAAUGAUGUGCAUGUCGACUUCACUCGGGAAGAGUGGGCUUUGCUUGAUCAUUCCCAGAAGAAUCUCUACAAAGAUGUGAUGCUGGAGACUUAUAUGAACCUCACUGCUAUAGGCUACAAAUGGGAAGAUCAUAAUAUUGAAGAACAUUGUCACAGUUCUCGAAGACAUAAAAGGCACAAAAGAAGUCAUUCUGGAGAGAAACCUGAAUAUACUCAAUGUGUUAAAACCUUUGCAUAUCACAGUCAUCUUCAAAGGCAUCAAAAAAUUUAUACUGGAGAGAACUACUAUGAAGGUAUUCAAUAUGUUGAAGCCUUUGGAUGUCAGAGUAGUCUCCUAAUACAUAAAGGAACACAUACAGGAGAGCAACCUUAUGAAUGUAAUCCAUGUGGUAAAGCCUUUGCAUGUACUCUCCAAAUGCAUCAAAGAAUACAUAUUGGAGAGAAACCGUAUGAAUGUAAUAAAUGUCAGAAAGCCUUUGUAUAUCACAGUCAUCUUCAAAUGCAUGAAAGAACACAUGCUAGAGAGAAACCCUAUCAAUGCAAUCAGUGUGGUAAAGCCUUUGUAUAUCACAGUGGUCUUAAAAUACAUAAAAGCACACAUACUGACGAGAAACCCUACAAAUGCAACCAAUGUCAGAAAGCCUUUGUUUAUCCCAGUCAUCUUCAAAGGCAUGAAAAAACACAUACUGGAGAGAAACCAUAUGUAUGUAAUCAGUGUGGUAAAGCCUUUGCAUAUCACAUUUGUCUUACAAUACAUAAAAGAACACAUACUGGAGAGAAACCCUACAUAUGUAAUCAAUGUUGUAAAACCUUUGCAAAUCAGAGUCAUCUUCAAAUACAUGAAAGAACACAUACUGGAGAGAAACCCUAUGAAUGUAAUCAAUGUGAUAAAGCUUUUGCCCAGCACAGUGCUCUUCAAAUGCAUGUAAGAACGCAUACUGGAGAGAAACCAUAUGAAUGUAAUCAAUGUGGUAAAUCCUUUGCUCAUCACAGUACUCUUCAAAUGCAUAAAAGAACACAUACUGGAGAGAAACCAUAUGAAUGUAAUCAAUGUGGUAAAGCCUUUGCUCAUCAUAGUGGUCUUAAAAGGCAUAAAAGAACACAUACUGGAGAGAAACCUUAUGAAUGCAAUCAAUGUGGUAGAGCCUUUGCUCAUCACAGUACUCUUCAAAUGCAUAAAAGAACACACACUGGAGAGAAACCCUAUGAAUGUAAUCAAUGUGGUAAAGCCUAUAUAUCCCAACACGGUCUCCAAAUGCAUGAAAGAACACAUACUGGAGAAAAACCAUAUGAAUGUAAUCAGUGUGGUAAAGCUUUUGCACAAUACAGUACUCUUCAAAUGCAUAAAAGAAUACAUACUGGAGAGAAACCCUAUCAGUGCACUCAGUGUGGUAAAGCCUUUGCAUAUCACAGUCAUCUUCAAAUGCAUGAAAGAACACAUACUGGAGAGAAACCCUAUGAAUGCGAUCAGUGUCAUAAAGCCUUUGCACAACACAAUACUCUUCAAAUGCAUAAAAGAACACAUACUGGAGAGAAACCCUAUGAAUGCAAUCAGUGUGGGAAAGCCUUUGCAUAUCACAGCAAUCUUAAAAUACAUAAAAAAACACAUACUGGAGAGAAAUCCUACAAAUGUAAUCACUAUGAUAAAACCUUUGAAUGUACUAGUAAUCUUUGAAAUCAUAAGAAAAAAAUCAUACUGCAAAGAAACCAUCUGAAUGUAGUUAAUGUGGCAGAGUUUUGUAAGUCAUGGUUCUUGUUCUUUAUACAAGUUUAGUAUGUUGUUAGUCUGUUAAAGCCUUUGAAUAUAACAUUAGACUUGAGGAUAUGAAAAAAAGUCAUACCACAGGGAAUCUGAAUAUAAAUGAUUUAGUAAGAUCUUUAGCAAUCACACUUAAUUUCUAUUAUACAAGAGUAUUUAUCAUGGAGAAACCAAUGUGACGUGCCAACAAUCUGUUCAAGCAUUAUAAUGUGUACAUCCGUAAACUCACAUGAACAAAAGGCCUAUGAAUUUAAAUACUUCUCUUCAAUUAAAUGAGAUAAUGAUCCAGGUAUAAAACUUCAUGGAUGUGUAUUAGUGCCUUUUCUGUUGCUGUGAUAAAGCACUGUGUUUAAAUUUCAAGAUUUGUUUUAGUUUUAAUUAUGCCAUGUCACUGUGUCUGUGUGUGGGUAUGUUCAUGUUCAUUCUGGUUCCCAAAGUUUGACCCUUGGAACUGUUCAAGCAUUAUAAUGUCCCUCUUUAUUUUGUUUACACCUACAAACUCACAUGGACAAUAGGCCUAUGAAUUUAAAUGAUAAGGUAACCUUUUUUAGAUGUCAUACUUCAGUUAUAUGAGAUAAUGAAUCUAGGUAUAAAACGUCAUGGACAUGUAUUAGUGCCUUUUCUGUUGCUGUGACAAAGCAACAUGUUUAAGUGAACUUAUGUCAGGGUUUAAUUUGGGCCUUGGUUGCAGAGAAAUACAGGACCACUGUGAAAGUGACCUGGAAACAAGUGUCAAACAUGGCAGUUAAAAUAAGAAGCCAAAAAUUCACAUCUUUAACCUGUAGCAUGAAGCAGAAAGGAUAAACUGGAAAUGGCGUGCAGAUGUGAAGGCCAACCCCAGUGACAUAUUUCUUCCAGCACAGCAGCUUUUCCUAAAUCUUCCCAUAUGAUACCACAGAUUGAGAAUGGUUGAUUUCACUGACUUCAAGCUAACAUGUUUGCUUUCUGUUACAUGAUCCAAUUCAUAAUGGAGAAAAACUCUGUAAACCUUUAGAUGCCUCAACACAUGUAUUACAGGAAUUACAAUAGAAAAACAUAAGUGAAAAUUAGUUUCAGGAUUUGUUCUAAUUUAAUUAUUCCAUGUCACUGUGUCAAAACCUGACCUUGGUCCUGGAAAUGAACUUGCAUUAAGGCCUUGAUGUUGUCUCUAGCCCUGUAAAUAUUUUAAAGCUUUCUUUCUAUCAUCUUGAUAUCAGUAAAUAGGGAAGAACUCAUAUAAGAGAAAAACCUUAUUCAUGUAAACAAAUUGGUAAAGACUUUUGACAUCACAGUUGUCUUAAUUUCAAGGAAAAAAACUUGUUUCAUCUCUUUUUCAUUGUAGCCUUGAAGUAAAUAAUUAAUCAAGUUCAGUAAAGACUUAUGUGAGGAUCACAUUGUGGCUUCUAUUUUGCAAUAUGGGAGGUAGAUAUAAAAGUGUACUAUAUGUGUAGCAAAUCCAUUUAAUGAAUUUUGUAGCACAAGUUCUAAUAGGCAUUAGUAAUAAAGGCCCAGGAUAAGAUAGAAGGAAAAAAAAAUGCCAAGAGAUCAGAGAGAUGAAGGAGCAAACCACAGCUACUUUUCCUACUCAACUCCCAGCUGAAAAGAGACUGAGCUCCUGUCUUCUCCUGUCUCAUCACUUCCUCUCUCUGCCCAGCCAUAUCACUUCCUGUCUGUCUGUGCAGACCUCCAGACCUCAAUGGUUAGCUAAUGGCUAGCUCCACCCUCUGAUGGUUGGACAUGCUUUAUUUGUACAAAUAAGAUAUCACCACAGAAUUUCCUUUGUGGUUCUUAUGUUUCUUCUGUGCCUUUUUUCAUCUUCUAUUAUCCUUUCACUUGGUGAGAGGUAUUUUCAUGCUUCAAUGUAUGAAAUGGUAUGGCCAUUAUCUAAAUGAUCCUUUUUAUUUAAAUAUCAGCAGUGUGUGAUCAUAUUCAAGUAAGGGUGUUUACGAAUGGGUGGUGAGAUUUUGUUCCUGGUUUUAUUUUUUCACAAAUUCCCUUGAAAUGUUGUUUGUUAUCCAGUCUGGCUUGAUGUCAGCAAUUCGUCAGGGAUACAUUUCAAAUCAUAAUCCUCAUGUAUCAGUCUCCUAAGUACAAGACUAAGGAUAGAUCAUGUACUCCCAAAGUUUGCUGUUUUGUCAAAAUGUUUUAACAAUGUUAAUGUUAAAAUACUUAAUAGAGAAUAUAAAAAACAUUAAAUACCUCAUGAGUAAAUCCAAAAAGCAUUUUCAUCUAUCUGGAAGAGAUGUAAUGAAUGAUAAUCAGAAAUCAACUGUAUGUUUCACAAUAUAAUGGUUUGGUAUGGAUAUGUAUAUAUUAUUUAAAUUCCAUGAAUCUUCAUUUCUUCAUCAGUUAUCCAUUUGGUACAUCAUCUUCCAGAAAUGCCAGAAGAUGUAAUGGCAAUGAGAGUUAUUUUUUUUUAAAAAAUUGUUGUAUAUGUAUGUAAUGUGUCUGUGGGUUUUUAGGCCAUGGCAGAUCUGUGGAGACCAGAAGACAACUUUGUGGGAUCUAUUUUUGCCCAUCUUAAUUUUAUCAAGAUGAGGUCACAGCCUUGCACAACACAGACAGUUCCAACAUAAUUGUCUCAUUGAUGCUCAAAUAAGAUUAGUUGAAACAUUACAAAAAAUUACAAAAUUAUAAAAUAUUGUUCUCUUUUCAUAUUGUAAACAUAUUUUCAUCAAAGGAUAAUGGAAAACAGCAGAAAUUGAAUAAUAAAUCCUGCUUAUAAAUGAA